GCUUGUGAGGGGAGGAAGAAGAUUGUACCGAUUUCACAGAAGCUACUGACCACCCACCAACAUGGUCGUUUUCACAUGCAGCGCAUGUGGCGAAUCGGUGAAGAAAGCACAAGUUGAAAAACAUGUGAACAUCUGCAGAAACUGCCAGUGCCUUUCUUGCAUGGAUUGUGGCAAGGAUUUCUGGGGUGAUGAUUAUAAGGAACAUGUGAAGUGUGUAAGUGAAGACCAGAAAUACGGUGGAAAAGAUUUUGAAGCCAAAGCUAACAAAGGAGAUGCUAAACAACAGGAGUGGAUUCAGAAAAUUCAUGAAGUAAUGAAGAAGCCAAACAUAAGCCCUAAAGUGCGGAACAUUCUGGAGCAAAUGCGUGUCUUUGAUAACAUUCCAAGAAAAAAAGUAAAGUUUCAGAAUUGGAUGAAGAACAGUUUGAGAAUAACUGACAGCACUUUGCAAGACCAGGUGUGGGAUAUUUUCUCUGAAGCAACCAGAAAUAUUUCAAGUGAAAAAGAACAAGACAAACCACAACAGAAGGAAGAGGGGCAGUCUGCAGAAACUGGGGGAAAAACAACAGCAGAAGAAGAUGGAAUUACGGAUGAUAAAAUUGAGAGGAAAAAGAAUAAGAGAGAACGAAAAGAAGAGAGACAAAAGAACAAAAAGAAGGAGAAAAAAGACUUGAAAUUAGAAAACCAGUCAGAAGUAAAAAAGAGUAAAAAGUCCAAAAAAGAAAAGGAGAGCUUGGAGAAUGAAUUUGAAAUAAAUGGAAAUGGCCAUCAGUGUGAAAUAGAAGAGAAAACAAAUGUAAAGAAACGCAAACAUAAACAUGCAGAAGAGGAACCUCCUAUCACAACAAAGAGAAUGAAAACUGAAAAUAUUUCAGAAGACGUGGAAACAGAAAACACCAAUGGCAAUGAAGAAAAUGUGGGAACAGAUAAAGGUAAAUUCAACUGGAAGGGAACCAUCAAAGCUGUUCUGAAACAAGCUCCAGACAAUGAAAUUUCAAUUAAAAAACUAAGAAAAAAGGUUAUAGCUCAGUAUUACGCAGUAGCUGGUGCAUCAAAAGAGGAUAUUCUAGUCAUAUUUAAUAAGAAAGUGAAUAACAAUCCCAAAUUUAAAAUUUUAAAGGACAAAGUUAAACUCCUCAAAUAAGAGUUUGCAUACUUUUCAUAAUGUUUGCAUUUUAAUCUUGCAAACCCAGCCAAAUUCUUGUCAGCUGUACAAAUACCAUGCAUUGGUCUCAAUUUGAAUUGUGUAUGUGAGAGCAGAAUUCAACUUUUAAGACUGGAUUCCUCCUCUUUUUCUAGAUUUAUGACAGAACAUUUUCAGAUAUUUUAUUUUUUGAUUUUAUGGAAAAUGUAUAUUUUUUGGUACAAGUUUUAAGAAGUAUUGAAAAUAAUUGCUGCCUACUCUAUUAAAAUUUUUCCAGUAAUGGAUGUAAUUUAUAGGCAUGAAUGUUUAUCAGGACCUGGGUUGUGUGGCUUUUUGCAGAAACUAUUGUAAGAGCAAAUAGGAUUUUCAUGUUCAAAAACCCAUCCACAUGGAAUAAAUGUGUUUUUAAUGCUAAAAUUCAAAAUGGUAUGACUGUUAUCCCCUUUACGCACUGUAGCUAGUAUAUGCAGGCUUUAAUAACCUGUUAAUUCUGUGUUGUAAAAUGCAUAAUUAGAGUGUCUGUCAAGUUUGUGUAUGUAAUAUUGCACAUUCAGUGACAAUAUAAAGACUGAGUUACCUGUAUAUGCAUAGCUACUGAAUGUUUUGCUUAUUAAUGCAACUGACUUCAAUGUAAGUGGUCACAUGGACUAAAAAUUCACUGAUGAAAUAAAUUACUUUAAAACACCACCUUAAAUAUAAAUCUUGCCACUUUAUGAUUGUAUAAUAAACCCACAAAUUGCACAAAAUUUGAAGAGGCUGUUAUAUUGCAGUCACCAAAACAGUUUAGGCAGGCCAGAAAACUUAGACGUAUGUAAGAGCCAGAGUCGCCUGGGGAAAAUUACUUGAAAUUUACAGGGCUUUAAUCAAAUGCAAAGUACUUCCAGAUAGGGAGUUUCCUACCAUGAAGUAAUCUGUUAAAAACAGUGGUAGAAAGCCAGUGAAAAUUUCUUGCAGUCGAUAGUAUGGUGUUUUGGAAAAUUGCAUAGUGAUUUCAAGCAGAUACACUUUUAUAAAACUCCAUAAUGAAAAUAUCUGAAUUUAUAGGAAUACUGAAUAUAUUAAAAGUAUAAAUAUGAAAACACACUGGGUCCGGUUUUUCUGAGUACAUAUUUGUCUUGCUUACUAUAAAAGUUGCAAUAAAAAUACCUAAUGAAUU